GCGUGGCGAAUGUUGUUGUUGCUGCUCCCCACUAUUUCUCUACUUGCUUUCUCUUCGACAUUUCAUCAAACACAUCACAGCAUAACACAAAACUACACCAUUCUCACAAUCACACAGAACCAGACCCAAAACGAAGAAGAAGCUCAACGGUCAACACAACAACGAGUUGAGUUGAGUUGAGUUGAGUUGAGUGUGAGUUCAAGCAACAAUUAGCAAUGGGGAGCUUAGUGGGACCCAUCACCUAAAACCCACUUUCUCUCUCUUUUCCUCUCUUUACUUCUUCCAUUGAUUAUAUUUUUCACCUUUCACUUUCACUUUCACUCUCUUCUUCUUCUCCUUCUUCUUCUUUGCAACAUCAAUGGUUUAUGGUGGUGGGUUUUCGAGAAACAUUUGUUCUUUUGCUUCUUCUUUCCAAACUCAAAAGGCAACACCACCUUGUAAUUUUAAAAGAUCAGAUUCGCUUUCAUUCUGUCUCCUUUUUCUCAGGUGCAUCCCUAUUCUUUGAUGUGCCGGUUUCCACUUGGUUACAAGCAUUUUGGAAGUUGAUAUUCUGUAGAGAAGUUGACAUAUAAGUAUAUAUACUUUAUCACUCAUGAAGAAGGACUUGUAAAUUCAAGAGUUGUGAAUAGAGAUUGCAAAAGUAUGGAUCAAAAUAAGGGAGAGAGUUGGAGGGAAUUGGUAAAGAAGAUGCUUCCACCUGGUGCUUCUGUACCUGAUGAUGGCUCUAAUCUUGACUACUCCAUAGCUAUGGAGUAUAAAGGUCCACCAGUCUCAUAUGAGGUACCGAGAGUCGAGCCUGUUGAUGUAAAGUCAAGAGCAAUUCCUACUGCUGUACCACUCUCCGGAUCACAAAGAUCGGUUGCUCAAGCUGGCUCUACGGUGAUUGAACCAAUCCCUCUGCCGGUGUCUAGAAUCGCCGGAGUAACAGGUUCUCCUAGUCAUAGUCCAAGGUUGUCAGGAAGCUCAGAAUCUGUGGUGUCUGUCUUACAAAACCCUGAUCUUUCUUCCGCCUCGCCUUCGGCUUCACCUGCUUCAGUUCAUAACCCUCCAAACAAUCCACCUAAGCAAGUCACUCACGAACCGAAGAGGGCACAUGUUGUCACUUUUAGUACUGUUGAAAGAUCUGAGAGGAAAGAAGUGGAGGUUGUGAAGCCAGUUUAUCCAGAAUAUGUUGGGGUUAUAAAAGAAAGGAAAAAGAAGAAAAAAAUAAGAGUUUGUUAUAGGUGUGGAAAAGGGAAGUGGGAAACCAAGGAGUCUUGCCUAGUUUGUAAUGCCAAGUAUUGCAGCAAUUGUGUGCUCAGGGCGAUGGGUUCAAUGCCGGAAGGGCGCAAGUGUGUAACAUGCAUUGGUGAGGCAAUUGAUGAAUCGAAGCGUCUGAAAUUGGGUAAACAUUCAAGGGUAUUGUCUAGACUGUUAAGUCCUCUUGAAGUGAAACAAAUUAUGAAAGCAGAAAAAGAAUGUUCUGCUAAUCAGCUUCGGCCGGAGCAGUUGAUUGUCAAUGGGUUCCCCCUGAAGGAUGAUGAGAUGGCAGAGUUGCUUGGAUGUCCCUUGCCUCCACGUAAACUGAAGCCUGGUAGAUACUGGUAUGACAAAGAAUCUGGUCUAUGGGGGAAGGAAGGUGAAAAGCCUGACAGAAUCAUAAGUUCAAACUUGAAUUUCACUGGGAAACUUAGUUUGGAUGCCAGUAAUGGAAAUACUGAGGUUUACAUCAAUGGUCGAGAGAUUACAAAGCUUGAACUGAGGGUCCUCAAGCUGGCAAAUGUGCAGUGUCCACGUGAUACACACUUUUGGGUUUAUGAUGAUGGUCGUUAUGAGGAGGAAGGACAAAAUAAUAUCAGAGGAAACAUUUGGGAAAAGGCAUCAACAAGAUUUGUUUGUGCCCUGUUCUCUCUGCCUUUUCCCCAUGGACAGCCACAUGGGCAAAGAGACGAGACUAGUAAUUAUACUACAGUUCCCAAUUAUCUGGAGCAGAAGAGAGUUCAGAAGCUGCUGCUUCUUGGAAUUCAAGGAUCCGGAACUAGCACCAUAUUUAAGCAGGCAAAGUUUUUGUAUGGGAACAAAUUUACUGCCGAAGAGCUGCAAGAUGUUAAACUGAUGAUCCAGAGUAACAUGUAUAAAUAUCUUAGCAUUUUGCUUGAUGGAAGAGAGCGCUUUGAGGAAGAGGCUAUUUCUAGAAUGAGUGGACAAGGUUCUCCUGGUGAAACUACAGAACCAGGUAAUAAUGGUGAAGCAAGCAAUACAAAUGAAUCCAUAUAUUCCCUCAAUCCAAGGCUGAAGCAUUUCUCUGACUGGCUCCUGGAUAUUAUAGCCACUGGGGAUUUAGAUGCAUUCUUCCCUGCAGCCACACGUGAAUAUGCACCGUUGGUUGAAGAAGUUUGGAAAGACCCAGCGAUACAAGAAACAUUCAAAAGAAAGGAUGAGCUUCACUUUCUUCCAGAAGUUGCAGAGUACUUCUUAAACCGGGCUGUAGAGAUAUCUAGCAAUGAAUACGAACCUUCCGAAAGAGACAUACUCUAUGCAGAAGGGGUCACUCAAGGAAAUGGUUUAGCUUUCAUGGAAUUUUCACUUGAUGACCGUAGCCAGCGGCCAGAAAUGUAUUCAGAAAACCUGGAUGCUCAGUUACCUCCUCAAACCAAGUACCAACUCAUAAGGGUCAAUGCCAAGGGUAUGAAUGAGGGCUGCAAGUGGGUCGAAAUGUUCGAGGAUGUUCGGGCAGUGGUCUUCUGCGUCUCCCUAAGCGACUACGACCAAUUAUGUCUCACCCCAGACAAUGGUGGCAGUGGAACCCUUCUCCAAAACAAGAUGAUGCAAAGCAAGGAGCUUUUCGAGACCAUGGUGCGGCACCCUUGCUUCCGAGACACCCCAUUUGUCCUUGUCCUAAACAAGUAUGAUAUCUUUGAGGACAAGAUAGGUAAAGUGUCCCUCAAUGCCUGUUGCGAGUGGUUUAAUGAUUUUUGUCCUGUCCAUGCACAUCACAACAACCAGUCACUUGCACAUCAAGCAUACUUCUAUGUUGCCAUGAAAUUCAAGGACCUUUAUGCAUCCCUCACGGGUAAGAAACUUUUCGUGGCGCAAGCAAGGGCGAGGGACAGAGCAACAGUCGAUGAAGCAUUCAAGUACAUAAGAGAGGUCCUCAAAUGGGAUGAGGAAAAAGAAGAAAACUACUAUGGUCCACCAGAGGACUCAUUUUACAGUACAGACAUAAGCUCCUCUCCUUAUCUCAGGCAAGAGUAAAAAUGGACGG